UUAUACUGGAAACGAAGAUUUAGUUCGCAUAAUAGCCUUGAGAUGAUAAUCUCAUGCAGUAUUAAUAUUUUUUAUAUAGCUGCUUCUUAAUCGUGUGGUAAAUGUGAUGUCAUUUGCAUUGAGUUCAGCGGUAAUCUGUUGACUGUCUGAUCGGCUGAUCUUAAAAGGGCAACAGUUCGAGCGAGCGGGCCCCUCAAGAAACGAACGCGAGGGACUCCUUUAAGUGUGGUCUGAGUGGCACCUGUCCGUGUGAUGUCAUCCACUAAAGAAAUUGUGCUGCGCCAGCGCCGCCGAGAGCUGGACGCCCGCAGGAGCAAAUCUCGCGUGCGUCUGGGCUCGUGUCUGCAGAGCUGGGCUCAACUCAAAGAUAAACUGGGCUUCUCUCUUCACUCGGAGCUUGCUCAGCAUCUGCUGGAGAGCUAUGUUUCAAGAGUUUGUAUGAAGUGUUCAGGUGAUGGGAAAGGAGAGACUGUAUCAACUACCAAGGAGUCUUUGCAGGAACUCAUCUUGAUGGUCCACAACCAUGGACAGAUGUGUCCUCUUCCUCCUGUCCUGCAGUGUAGGCCUGUCCCAAAAACAAAAACAUCAACACGAGGUCAAAGUGGAAGAAGAGAGGAGGAAACUGAGCCCAAGAAAUUAGCAGAAGCCAGCGAGUGUUUUAAAUACACCUGUGAAGAUGGACAUCAUUUUUUGUGGUGUCCUAUUGACACGGAGAAGCUGAUUUCAAAAAGUGACAGUGAUAAAAUUACAUCCAGCGCAAAGAGACUGAAACGAGACGAGAGACAGAUGAAGGAAACGAUAACAGAUACAGAAAGACAAGAAAUGAUGACUAGAUUAAAAACCAGACAGCAACAGAGAGAAAAUGCUGACAUUGACACAAAUAAAAUGCUUGGACAAAAUAAAAAUGCAGAUGUUACAGCGACUCCUGAAGCACAGGACAGAAAUGAUCUGGCAUCUGACUUUUCUUAUUCAGAGCAUGGAUCUCCAGCAGACAGUGACGAGAUGACUGUAGAUGUUCCUGUCAGGGUUCACAUUGAAAACCAAAGCCGUACUGAUAGCUAUGAAGAAGAUGCAGUGCUGAAUUUAACCAACAGAGGGGCCCAGAGUAGUGCAGAUCAUACUGAGAAACGCAGCGUCAGCAAAAAGACGGGAAUACUUCAAAGUAACAGUUCACAGUCAUUGAAAAGGAUGUCUCAGAUUGGUGGCAAGAGGAAAAGAAAAUUGACAUCCAAAUUGAUUUUGUCUUGUGAGUUUGAAGGCUGCGAUAAGAUUUUCUCCAGUCGACAAUAUUUAAAUCAUCACAUCAAAUAUCAGCAUCUGCAUCAGAAGACCUUCACCUGCUCACAUCCCUCCUGCAGAAAGUCCUUCAACUUUAAGAAGCAUCUGAAGGAGCAUGAAAAGUUGCACAGUAAUCAGCGAGACUAUAUCUGUGAGUUCUGUGCUCGGGCGUUUCGAACCAGCAGUAACCUGAUCAUCCACCGCAGGAUACACACCGGAGAGAAACCGCUGCAGUGUGAAGUGUGUGGCUUUACCUGUCGACAGAAAGCCUCUCUAAAUUGGCACAUGCGGAAACACAAUGCUGAGAGCACCUACCAGUUCCCUUGUGAGAUCUGCGGCCGUCGCUUUGAAAAGAGAGACAAUGUUACGGCUCACCGUAGCAAGAGUCACCCAGACUAUAAUGCAGGCUCUCCGGAAAGAUCUCUUCCCCUUCCUCCCUCUGACCCACUCCUGCAUCCCUCGAGGCACCUCGGAUCUUCCCCUUCUGUUUCCAAGAAUCAAACCACAGCAGAAUAAGAGUUGUGACAACAGUUUGAACAUUUUGACCUCAAGCAAACUUAAUGUGGGACUGGUUGGUAAACAAAAUCUCCAUGUGGUGCCUUAUCAAUGUUGUUAGUUCUUAAUUUGUUUUUGUUUUUUAGAUGUAAAUUGAUUUUUUUCAGAGGCUGUGACCAUGACCGUCAUCAGUGUACACAGGUCAGCAUUUGACAAAUUGAGUUUGUUUACAUGGACACCAAUACCCUAAUUUUAAUAUGAUUGAGACAAUACUCUGAUUAAGAGUCUACCAUGCAAACAGCUUUUUUAAAAUUAAUUUAUUUUAUUUCUUAUUCAUUUUAAUUUAAUUUAAUCCAGUUAAGGUCAUAAUCAAUCUAAACAGAAAUCAGAUUAAGACAUGUGGAGUGUGCCGAUUUUAGUCGCAUUAUUGAAGUGCAGUACAGACAUGUGAACACCACAAUCAAACUAUUACUGUCUUGUAGGAUUUUCUCCACAUUUUGCAACAGGAUAGUCUAUACACACACGGCUGUUUGACACUAUUCUCUCCACCUACCGAAUCAGUGAAAGACCACAGACACCUGCAUCAUGAAAUGCAGAGUUUUUUUUCUCCCAUUCGGCGUGCAGAAUCAAAUUCUAUUAAAACAACACUCUUCCAGCAGUUCAUUCUCUCAUCCAAUAACUCAUUUGUUAUGGGGGACAUGCAUGAAAUGUUCCUGAAUGAAAGUGAAAUUGCCAACCUGCAGUUAAAGUCGACAAAUUAAAAAUAAAACACCCAAAUGUACAUGAAACUCCAGAGGAAAUGUGGCUAGUGUGCUGAGCCAAUGAGGUUAAUCGAAUUAUGUGAUGUAACGCGUAAAACAGGAUCAUGAAAGGAACAUUCAAAAAGCAACUCAUGUAAACACCUUAAUCAUAUUAUUGUCUAAUUCAGAUAAAGGCAAAUAAUUUGAUUACUGAUGUCCAUGUGAACGUAGUCAUUGACCGUUUGUCUUGAAAUCAUUUUAUUAAAGAUAUCAGGUGUCUAAAUACUACUUAAGGUGUCUUAAAAUAAAUGUAAAGUUGAUCUUAUAUUUUACCUAAUACGCAUUAUUAUUUAGCAUUUUAAAACAACAUUUGUCAAAAUGAAUGUUUAAAUAUAAAUGAAUAUGCCAUAAAUGUUAUCAACUUUGUAUUUAUAAUGUUAUGCUUGAAACCCCAUAUUAGACUGUUUUUGGAGACCCUUACAACCAAAAUAUGACCCUAUUUCAGUAUAAUCGGGGCUCUUUAACUCCUAAUGUUGCUAGUUAACACACUCAAUGCAUUUUUUUUCUCAAACAUCCCCUAAUUUCUUAAAUAUCAACCUCAAUCAAAGGGUUGAUAUGUCUGUUUGGUGAAGUACCGGAAUUAAUACAUACACUGUGAAAUCUAAAAAAAAUAUUAAGUGUAAGACCGAUUUAUUUAUGUUUUAAUAAUUUAAAAAAUAAAGCAUUUUUGAAGUAUGCCAUAAAUAUUUCACAUUCUUAUUUAAUAUGUUUUUUGUUUUUUUACAAU